AUGGUGUCUAAUAGCUGGCCUUUUCCCAACAAGGGGGUUACUCUGUAUACCAAGCAGGGUGAAAUACCCAUGGUCACGAAGAAUACGAGAUUGGUCAACAUGUUCACGAAACCGCGUCCUGUUCGCUCGACAUCGCCGUCAUCUGUAGACGCAGAUUACGGAGAAAGCGAUGAAGACGAGGUGGAGACCAUGGAGGAGUACGCAGAGAACCUGCUCGAGGAAGAAGAGGUUUACCACUGGCUUGUAGCCUCGGAUCCGCAGCCCUGGCCCUCUCCCGAGAUAAAGGCGCCAACAGAGGCGCCUUUUGCAAUCUGGGGCGUCCCGGCCCCCCUCAUCUUCCAGCUCUUCCAAUUCCUUAUGAUUUACUUUGGUUUCUUGCCGAAACGGCAAGAGCAUAGUAUGCCUAUUCCUCAGCCUAUGCCUCCACGACGACCACUUCACCCUCUACAUUACUACGAUCCGCAAGAAAGAGCCAAGUUGCAGAGAUGGGAUAACACCCGACCGCCUCCAGAGGAAGACGACAUGACCUUGGUCGUCUUCCCUCACCCAGGCAGAAACGAAAUCCUCGAACGGAUACGAAUGACAAGAGACUGGAGCUCUGGGAUGCUGGACACACACCAACCGAGCACGUUGCGGGUCUAUCGUGUUCGAGAGGAAGAUCGAGUAGCAUUCUACUGGUCCGUCAGCGCGGCUCAUCUAUUAUUUAUAUGGAUCCGUAAGCCGAUUCACGAUUUCGACACCAUCGCUGUGUAUAGGCACGGCCAUCGGUGCUGGGACUUUGACGACAAGGAGGCGUGGGCGCUCGUGUCUGGGGGCAGGUGGAUCGAUUCUGUGCGUCUACGGGCGGUUGCUGACCGUACGACUAAAUGGCCAUUGUCGAGGAAGGGUCGUUUGUAUUUUGGCAUUUAUCGAGGCAUCAACUGGAUACUCCGACGGUUGGGUAUCGCUGUGCAAGUAAAUGUCCCAGAUUUGUUAAAUUUACAGUACUAG